AGUCGCCAUGCCUCCAUCCACGUGUAGGACGCCGGCUUUUCUGUGACGCCAUUUGUUGCCACUUUUUGGUGUAUCACUCGUAUCACUCGCCGGCUGUGUGGCUGAUAUGGCGAGAUAGGACGCUAAGCACGCCAGUUGAAUACGCGUCGACUCCCGCGAAUACAAGUCAACAAAGGACAUCCUCAGAAAGAAUUAGCUCAGGAUUGAAACCCAGCGGGCGGCGUCUCGACGAGCACGGAGAAGAUGGAACGGGCCAGUCGCUUCAUCGCCUGCGUUUUUCAAAAUCUUCCGUAUACGCAGAGCUUCUCCCACAAGGUGAAGUUAAUCUCUUGGGAAAACAACCGGGCCCUGUUUGAGCUCAAGGUUGAAAAGGAACACUGCAACCUCAAUGGUACCCUGCACGGAGGAAUGGCAAGCACGCUCGUUGACCUGUACACGGCCACCGCCACCGCCCCGGCGUACGAGACGGACAAAGUCUUUUUCAGCACAGAACUCAAGAUGAGGUUCCUGGCACCAGCCAAGCUAGGCGAGACCAUUCUGCUAGACGCGCGGGUGCUCAAGGCUGGCAAGACGUUGGCUUAUGCCGAGAUGGACAUCCUCGACAAGGCCACCAGGAGGUUGCUGGUGCAGGGCACGCACACCAUGUUCCUCUCCGACAAGGACCAGCCGUCCAUCGAGGCACGUUGACGCCUCCGGGGGAAACUCCAACUCUGCUCCGCACCGUUACGGCGCCUGCAACGCGUCUUUGACUGUCAUGCCUACUGCAUCCUUAAAGUGGUCCCUCGAUUUCUGCCCGAGGACGUCGUAGGGGUGUCACGCUGUUGCUGGCAAAUGACCCUGGAGGUGUCGGCAGCGGUUGUGUACGAGGCGGACGUCCAUUCUGCUGCGGGUCACUCUCCAGUCGGACGGUUCAUGGGACUUUCGGAGGCCGGGAGUUCGGACAUUGCGACGAUGUCGACACUCGCGCUCCCCCGUGCUCCUCGCCGGAACUUCUACGACUAACUGUCAAGAUCGCAACGUCCGACAGCACCACACUCCAGCUUUUGCAAUGUCAUCUGUUGCCACUUGGGGGCCACUUUCGUUGCACGAGCCGAGCAAGGACGCUAAGCACACGAGUUGGCAACGUGUUACAGGCACCGUAGCGACGUCAACACCCUCUAUCCCAGAAUGUUUUUUUGUUUUUUCUUUUAUCCAAAUGCAGCGGAACAAGCUCGGAACCGCCUUCUGUCAUUUCUCGCAUUCUUCCGUUGCAUGCUGGGCCCUGCAAGAACUUUUGCUUUGACGGUGAGGUGAAGGCAGCGGCGGCACGAUAAAGGAGCCGUGGCACGAAAACAAAGUAUGCGGAGGGCGAGUUGUCCAACUUUUCAGCGGGAGAUGCAGUGACGUCAGAACGAAGCCGAGCUCUGAUUGGCUUUGAUUGAAAGGAUAGUGGGUAGACCUCAGUCCUAGAUGCCCCGAGGUCUACCCACUAUUUUUUUUCGAUCGGUCAAUAAUAGCUGAGCAUACCGACAUCAUCGCAACGCCUGUGCAAGAAGCAGACAAACUUGUGCUCCACACAGUCUUUUAGAUAUGCAUGGAUCGCCUAAUAUAUGCCGUAUAAAUAGGUUACAGACUUCGCUUUUAACCAAAAAACAUAGGUAAACAUCCGUCAGUGUCAGAACUACAAAAUCGGUUGAAGCCAAAAAAACGCUUACCACAAUAUCCCCCACAAUACCCAAGAGAUGCUCCACCCCCGAAAGAUACCCCACCCCCUUAAAUUAACAUAAAAUUCUAUUAAAAAAAAUGCCGAAAGAGAGCUCAUUUUUAAUAAUUGCAAGACCCUGGCCGAACUAACCUCAGCAGGAAUGGUGUUACUUGGCCAGGAUGGGGAAUAAAUGAAUAAUGCCGACUCUUAAGGAAAGUAGUCUUUGGUUCAUCACCCCUCCCUAUAAUCGCAAGUUUUGCAGGUCACAAAAUCUCAAGCUAGCAUCUUUGCAACUUUUUUUGAUCGCACACUGAAGGUCACCUUGCUCCUUAUUUGCACCCGAUUUUAGAUGGGCCAUCUCUAGGGAUAUUGCGGUAAGUGAGGACUGUUUCUGCAGAGGCCUUUUCUCCCAAAUGUUCAUUGAGCCCAUAAUCUUACCAAUAGUCAUUGACAAGCUGAGAAUGGCAAGGCGUCUCUUUCAAAUGCCCCGACUCCAGCAUGCGCUCACCGCUUUUCGCCGUGCUUCCACUGCGCGCGUGCGCUCGACGCCGAGGCGUUAUCGAAGGUAGGAAGCUCACGCUGGGAGGCGGGACGACCGAAGGAUUUAAACGCCAUUCUCGUCUGCUCUAGCUGUAGGACACUGCAGUACUCGGCCAGUCAGGAGUCGGUGGCAUCGCUGCUCUGCGGCAGAAUAGUAAAGGCUGGUUCACAUAUUUGCAUUUGGGUGCAAUCAACCAGGUUGGAACAACUCUCGACCGCCAUUGUGGCCGAUAUUCACGGUGCCGAAACAAUCCGGCUUGACUCGCCGUUGCCCGGAAGCACCAGUGUCGUGCCGACUGUAAGAAAUGUCUACCGAAGGCAGGUUUGCAGUAAAUGACUACGUCGCGCCAAAAGCAGCUCCGCGUACGUCCGCGCCAAGGGCUAGAAUGACGUUUAUAAAUUCGAUAAAGUUGUUAGUAGCCUUGUUCGAUUUACCUGUACUGGCUCAGAAAAGUGUAGGGCGACGUGCUUUUGGUCCUAUUUCGAUGCACAUACUGGAAGUACGCAGCUUUACACUUUCUGCAUCGGUGUGGGUAAAUCGAACGAAGCUAGGGAAGACUGCACAUCGGCAUUUGAAUAAAGCUUGUGCUCCGAGGUAAGACGGAAUCAACGUGCGCACCUCGCAUUGACGAGAAGUCCUACAUUUGUACGCUACCUUACGGAAUCUUUCGGCAGACUUUUAAGUUUUGGUUUGGUCGCUGCAUUCUCGUUCCCGGACAGCUGCUAAGAAAAAUACUUUGAGAGCACUCGGCGACCCUCUUCCAAGCUACACAAGCGGCGAGACGAUAGAAAAAUCUUUCAAAACACGCAUCCAACGAGCAUUGGUUUAUUCUCGAAAGAGAGUCCGAACCUCGAAGGUGGUCGCACCAUGUGGCAUGAUGGUUUUCUCGGCGGUGUUUCGCGGUAUUCACCUUGUUACAAAGUUGAGCGCUGCAGAAAAAACUCGAAUGUGAUUAUGUAAAUGGUGCAGUCGUGGACAAAAUAAAAUAGAAUGCGCGAUCGAUUCUUUCACGCCACGCAAGCGUGUGUGGAAAGCGUACAAGAUCCCAAGCUCCUCGCAGCGUCGCGUCGACGUCGGUCCCGACGUUUCACGAGGCGUUGGUCUCUUCGAUGUUGAGGUGGGUGAUGAAGCGGAGACGCAGUUGCAGAGCCGGCCGCAGGUUACGGAUGCUCCGCUCUACGUCCGCUUUCACGGAGUCCCCCGUGAACAUGUAUUUGAUGUGGUAGCUGCGUUGCCUUGGUCAGGGAAUCCUUACGUUCGCCACGGCCUUUGACCUUUCGGGGUUGUGAGACUUCGCUCAUUGGCCCCUUGAGUCACAUUUUACACAUUUUAAUUUUUCAAAGAGUCUCCUCGCAGAAAUUUAUCUCGUUAUUUGCGACACCAGGCGGUGUGGGAUUAUCGUACGAGUUGAUGAAGCACCUAAAAAAGAUGGCCGCCCAGGAAGUUUAGACAGGACAAUAGCAAAAGAAAGCGCAGUUGACACUCAAGUUUUAAUAAGGGUUUGUACAAACUCCUUUCUUUUAAGAAUUUGAGGUCAACCACAGACCUUUGCAAAAAGAGCUCUCUGGCCACCGCCAUUUUGCGACUCGAGCGACCCUUAUCGGCCAGAAAUUUCUACCACCCGCCCAAGCUGUGGAAACUAUUUCUGCACGACUCCCCACCUGCAUUGUGCAUUCAAAGUUUGCUGGCUCUAUUUAAAAGUUUUUACUUUAUUUGCCUGUUCAGGAUGUUUACCCUUUAUUAUCUUCUGCCGCAAGAACCAGGGAAUACCAAAACUCCGUAGCCUGCACGGCCUUCGCAGGAAACGAACAAAGAGCAAACGUCAAGCAGCCCGGGACCCAGGGCAUUCAACAUUCUUUGGGGAUUAAUUUUUUUUUUAAAUAAUCUCCGAAAAGCCUUCUUGGCUGCCCAUGUUCCUGGUCUUUGCGAAAAAUAUCCGAUAGGGUCGGGUCCAGGGUACUGGGACAAAAUAGACACAUUCUUUCAUUUGCUUUGGUGCUGUGCAAAAAGAGCACUGCUCUUCAAAACGUGCCCCAAAACAAGUCCGAUUCCACCCGAUUGUCGUGAUGUGACUGUCGUCGACACUGUAUAUUGGAUACGUCGUGCUAUUUGAGACCUUUCUCAAAUCCCUUUUGGAUAACGCAGCACUGUUGGGUAUGUACAAUAUAUGUCGUUGAAUUGAUGAGACUCAUUGAAUUUCAUGUUGUGAGCUGGGAAUACCCAUGUAUUUCGGCUAUCCUAUCUGGUCAAAUAAUUUAGACAGUUAAGAUCUUCGUAGAUUGACACGGGUGAGUGAAUGGUGUCGUAAAAAAUCAAUGGAAAAGGAAACAAACAGUAAAGUUGCAUUUGGUCUGUCUCGCACGGACUCACAAUAAA